CCUGCCAUAGUGAGAGCUCUUUAAGUCUGGCCUUCAGUCAGACUAUCCAGUUCCAGUGGUUCACUAUUGAGACGUUUGUUUGCUGUGGUUUGUUUUUGUUUUAUUAUUUCAUUGCACCAAUGGCGUGUAGCAACAACAGGAAGAGUGCAGUUGUAUUAUCUUUAGGGCUCCUUCUAUUAUCUUCUUUUUGUCAAAGUACAAAUUUUACAAAAAAGGAACUCCAAGAAAAUAGUAUGUCUGUCAGCAAAAUAUCUCACUGGCACCAUGGGAAGCUGUUAAUUGGACUGAAAACUGAACAACGUGGCAAAUCAAAGGAAACAGAAGAUGUUGACUUGGAUUAUCAAUCGGACAUGACCUGGGAGGUUCCUGGGCUCCACACAGUACAUGAACAUGGCUUUCCAAGAUAUGAUAACACUGCAGUGGAACGACUUUUGAAAAUGCAGCCAACAGUGGAUUGCUCUGGAAGCAACAUGAGGCUUCAAGUACAAAAUGCUGACUCCAAACCAGGCUCUCUACUUUUUGUGGAUCGGGGUGAUCUUUCUCCUCUUUCUUUGUCCAAAUUGCCCAAGAGCUGUGGCUACAAGGUCAGCUCAACACGUCGAGAUCUAGUUAUGGUGGCCCCUUAUGAUGGUUGCUUUGUUAUUUUUGAAGAGUCCCGUUACGUGCUUCCACUGCGUUGGUUGGGAUUACCAGUGCAAAUGUCCUGCCCUAUGAGUCAGCCUUCAUUAACCUCAUCUUCUAACCCUCCUAUGGUGACCUGCCACUCCGAGGGAAUGGUAGUAAAAACUGAUUGGACUUCAGGGCUUUCUGAAAUAAAAGUGAACUUGAAUGGGAACUGGGAGCCACUGAUGAAAGCCUCACCUAGGUGUGGUCUAGGAGCAGUUGAACAUCCAGAGGGCAUUACCAUCUCAAUUUCUUAUAAACCCUGCAUGGGAAAAAAGGAUGAAAUGUACAGCAUUGGAUUGCUAAGGGAUGAUGAAGUCAAGGUCUUUUGCCCCUCACUGACUUCAGCUGACUCUUCUAAAGUAAUGAUGGAUGUUGGACUUCCUUCUAUACUUGCUCCCACUCAAAAUGUGAGAACCAGUCCCCAGGUCCCAGAAUAUCCUUUACCACCUUCCCCAAGCCUUACAUGGAACCAGUUUUACCCUGUCCACUGGAACACGCCACAACCAGAAGCUGUUCAGCCAGCAGUUCCCCAACCAGCCGACGAUAAGGUGGUUGGACAACCAUUUUAUCCGGUGUACCCAGGGCAACAUCUACCCGAAAAGCAAAACCCAGGGAGUGUGCCCCCUGACUUGGAUGAAAAUCUGGGACAUUACUAUUAUCCCAUGUUCUAUCCUAAUAUGCCCCCCAUACCAGAACAGCCACCACAGCCUGAAAACCCCUCAGUGGAUGUAAUUCAGCUUUACUAUCCAGAGUGGUAUGUGCCCGAGCCUCACCUGACCUAUCCAUUUUAUUAUCCACAAGAUCCAGUGAAAUCCACUGCAGCUCCUGAGCCCGCUGCACCACCAGAUACAGAAGUUCCUCCUGUUUACCUAUACCCUUUUUACUAUCCCACAGAGCAGUCGCCAAUUACUACAACUGCUGCCAGUCCACCAGCAACCAUUCAACAGUAUCAGCUAUUUGGUCCAUACAACUACCCUCUUCCUUCCCAGCACCCACCUCACACAACCACUACCCCCACACCUGCUGCACAAAAACCACAAGACCCUCCCAUCUCACGUCCAGGUACAGUAGUUAUAUACCCACAAAAUGCUAAACCUGAAACUAGACUACCAGUAGACUGUCCUCAGUACUGCCAACUCGGACUUCCUAAUUGCUGUCCACAAAUUGCUUUCCAUCAUCACACGUACCAUUUUGUUCCACAAGAGCAAAAUGGUAAUUCAAAUCCUCAGUUUCUUUAUCCUAUUCAGUUCCUAAAUGGAUUAAGACCUAACUUUGUCUAUGCCUCAUCACAAAGUCCCCAGGAAGCACCUGCCCCUCCAAGCCGCACAGCCUUCACUAAUGCACUUUUAUCACCACAGUUGUAUCCACUCCAAGGACUAUAUGAAAGGCACAUAUACAACCAACCACUAGAGGGCAAUCCUUCUGCAGAGUCUGAAAACAAGCCUCAUGAGCAAACAGAUCUGCAACCUGCUACUCAUCACUUUGAUCCAAAUGCAUAUCUCCCCUAUAGGAACCAUGCUAGUCUCUGGAACCAUCAAAACCAUAAUCCUGAACCUCAAAAUGGAGCUCCUUUACAUUACUCUGAAUAUUUUGACCCAGAGCCUCCAACAAACAUGUAUUUACCCUAUAAUGUGCAGUCUUCACAGUCUGAUGGCCCAAAUGUGAACCCAGCAACCCUUUUGUCUAGGAUUCAUCAGUAUGUAAUUCAGCCAGUUAACAAUGCCAAUGCUGAUGUGAAAGGACCAGCAAGUUUGGUUUUCCAUAGUCAGCAGGAGCCUCCAUUGGUUCCUUAUCAUGCUCUUCAAGAACAGGACAACUUGGCUAAACCCCAGCCUGCUGAAGCCUUGAGAACAGCCAAACGUAGAGAGACGGAGAGCUUUUUCUCUCAACCAAAGGGCUAUGUCCUCCUUCAACAAGGUCCACCAGGCAGGGAGAGUGGCAACACUGUGCUUUCGGGUCAAAAUCUUAAUGGUAAUUUCCCAAAUCAGUUUUUAAAUCUCAAAGAGGAAUUUAAAGACUCUAAAAGGCUGGAGAGUGAAAAUUCUGGUAAUGCUGACCUAACUCCGGGAGACAUGCCACAAAUGUCUUCCUCUGCUGGCCCUAAUUCACCUUUGUCUCAGGACCCUUCUGUCAGAGGGAAGCCUACUGUUGACAAGCCUGUAAGAUUUUCCCAGAGACCUUUCUCACCUUUUGGUUACAGGCAUAGGACUUCACAGCAUAAUGCUUCCUAAUGGUCCUUUUUUAAAACUACACCUGAAAGAUUACAACAAAGGAAAUGAAUGAAGGUGCCUGUGAUGUCUGUAUAAUUUGUAUAUUAAAAGCAAUGUAAAUAAUAAAAAAAACUACGUAAAACUUUUGUUUACAUAUUUAUACUUAAGAGUGUUGGUUAGUAUUGUAAGU